AUGAAAACGAAACCCUGCUUCAGUAUUAGCCAAAAUCGCACAAUGAUUGGAGCAGUUGCAUCACCAUUGCGACACAACUUUGUUUAUCUAAUCGUUCGAACAGUGCUUCGUAUACUUUUCGUUUCGAUUGGCCCGAAUGUUUUCAUUUUUGUGGUGACUAUUUUAACAGUGAAUAUUCUACGAGUUUCCAACAAAUCACGAAGAAAACUAUUUCGAAUGAAUCAAAGUUUGAUCGAACAAUACGCGUCUCGUGAAAACAAUCAAACCUUGCUAGCCCUGAUGAUUGCGGUGAAGUUUUUAGUGUUAAGAGGACUGGUGUUUGCGGUAAGAUCUCCACUAAAUUGGAAUCCAACAAUAAACAAUUUGCAGAUCGACCUAUUUGAAGUAAUAAUUGGAUUCAACGAUCCAAAUUUUCCAUUACUCAAUCAAUUCAUGAGCUACGCCGUUGAUAUCAGUAAUUUAUUUGUUAUAAUAAAUUCAGCGACAAAUUGUAUGAUGUAUCUCAAAGGUGCGCAAUGGCUAGAUUCAAAGUUUAACGAUCGGCAAACUAUCAAGAGAAAAAAGACGAUUUGUGAGGAAGGGUGAGUUAUUCUAUCAGGGCUUAGAGUUCACAAAAAAAGCUUUUAGGCAACUUCUUGGUGACCGUCUCACAAUUCUUUGCACCUCUUGGGACAAAGUGAUGAAAAAUACGGGAGGUGAACUUGGAACUCGAAUAGCUUGGAACAUGUUGCGAAAACAUCCAACAAUGUUGAAUUUGAAAAAUGAUGAGCCGGAAAAAGUCUCGCUUCUAAAUGGGUCUUGCAAACGAAGUAUUGAUCAUGUGAAAUUGAAAGAGAUUGGCAAUCGGAUAACCGCAUUUAUCUACGAGCUUUUGGAUUUGAUGAAAAAUUCGCAAACCGAAGAUGUGAUAACUUGUCGAAUUCGUCGUGUUGGCGCAGUUCAUUAUGAUAGGAAGAUCAAUUUUAAAACAUCACUUUUCAAAGAGUUCAAGAACACGAUUCUUUGCGCUGUGGCUGAUUGUGAAUAUGAUACUCCUGAGGUAAAGAUUUUUCAGAGAGAGAAGCUAUUAAGCUCAAAAUAUCCUGGUUUUUUUUUGUAGGAACGCGAUCUCGCUAUUGAAUCUUGGAACAUUUUCACCUCAUUCAUCAUCAAAGAAAUGAAAAUGGGCACUUGGGUGAUGAAUGAUAAUGUUCAUCAGGUGCCAUAA